CAGCAGCCGUCGCAGCGUGGAUCGGCCGCUGCUGAGGAGGCACUCGAGCGCGAGCAGUGCUGGCUCAGGCAGCUGGAGGGGGCGCCGCAAGAACCAGAAGAUUUACAUCAUGACCGAGGACCUGACCAUCGUCGUCGCUGGCUUCAGGACGUCUACCGUCGGCUUCACCGUCUACUCUCUGCUCUGCAUCGCGACGUUCGGCAUCGCCUGGCUGCUGUUCAGGUGGCUGCCGCGCUGGCAGGUCUCGCUGACCGGCAAGCCCACGCCCCUCAAGGAGGCUGACUGGGUCGUCAUCGAGAACCAGUGGGGCGAGUUCGCGGUCCAAAAGGUCAACAGGCAGCCCUACGGCCGCUCGCUCACCACCGUGUUCGGCGACUCGGAGAAGAAACGCCGCGGCGACUGGGACGAGGACGAGGACCCGCUGAUCAAAGAACUGCGCUGCUUGGACUACCGCUACAUCCGCUUCGUCUAUCAUCCCAUCAAGGACAGGUUUGUUCUCGCAAACACUUGGACAGAUCCCGCCUGGACUGAUGUCACCGCGCUGCGCGAAGGUCUCGACAACGAGGAGCGUGCCUACCGGGAGCUCGUGUUCGGCAAGAACCAGAUCGAUAUCGCUGAAAAGUCUCUCGGCCAGCUACUCGUCGACGAGGUCUUCCAUCCGUUCUACGUCUUCCAGAUCGCGAGUUUGUUUCUCUGGUCCGUGGACGAGUACUACUACUACGCCGCUGCCAUCUUCCUCAUCUCCGUCAUCAGUAUCACGACAACGCUCAUCGAGACCAAGGCUACGAUGAAGCGCCUGCGCGAGGUCUCCAAGUUCGAGUGCGAGAUCCGCGUCCUGCGCAACGGUUUCUGGACCCACGUCGAUUCUGGCGAGCUGGUCCCUGGAGAUGUGUACGAGGUCACGGACCCCGCACUUGCUCAGUUCCCCUGCGACAGUCUGCUGCUCUCUGGAGACUGCAUUGUCAACGAGAGUAUGCUGACGGGCGAGUCCAUCCCCGUCUCAAAGAUCCCGGUGACCAACCAGUCGCUGGACCUCCUCGAUCUAAGCGCUUCCGCUGUCCACCCUGAAGUUGCGCGACACAUGCUUUUCUCUGGCACUAAGAUCAUCCGCGCCCGCCGACCGCAUGAAGAUCACGAUGACGAUGAAGCCGCAGCUCUGGCUAUGGUCGUCCGCACUGGGUUCAACACGACCAAGGGCGCUCUGGUCAGGUCGAUGCUGUUCCCCAAGCCGUCUGGCUUCAAGUUCUAUCGCGACUCGUUCCGGUACAUCUCUGUCAUGGCUGUCAUUGCCAUGAUUGGAUUCGUCGCAUCGUUCAUCAAUUUCGUUCAUCUCGGCCUCGCGUGGCAUCUGAUUGUUGUCCGCGCCCUCGACUUGAUCACCAUCGUCGUCCCUCCCGCACUGCCUGCGACCCUGACCAUCGGCACAUCCUUCGCCCUGUCGCGCCUCAAGCAGAAGCAGAUCUUUUGCAUCAGCCCGCAGCGUGUCAACGUCGGUGGCAAGCUCGAUGUAGUAUGUUUCGACAAGACGGGAACACUCACCGAGGAAGGUCUCGACGUUUUGGGUGUUCGUGUCGUCGAACGACCAAGGAACAGGUUCAGCGAGAUCUUGGCUGAUCCCUACGACAUCCUGCCUGCAUCGCAUCACGACCGCGAUCCAACCGUCGAGUACAUUGCGCACAAGACUAUCCUGUACACCAUGGCUACGUGCCACUCACUGCGCAAGAUUGACGAUGAGCUUGUUGGCGACCCGCUGGAUGUUAAGAUGUUCGAUUUCACCGGCUGGAGCUACGAAGAAGGCGAUGGAUCGGGCAACAAUGAUGACGACCCAGAACAGAAGCUUUCGCCAUCUGUCGCUCGCCCGCCUCCUGGACGCGAGUACGAUCUCGACGACGAAGACGACAGCCGCAGACCCGUUGAGCUCGGCGUGCUGAAGUCGUUCGAGUUCGUUUCGCAGCUUCGCAGAGCCAGUGUCAUCGUCCGCCGCUUCGGCUCCAAGAGCGGCGACAUCUACGUCAAGGGCGCACCCGAAGUCAUGAAGGAGAUCUGCCGCCCAGAGAGCUUCCCCACCGACUACGAAGAGCUACUGACCUUCUACACGCACCGCGGCUUCCGUGUCAUCGCCUGCGCAACCAAGUCCAUUCCAAAGCUCAACUGGCUCAAGGUGCAGAAGAUGAAGCGCGAAGAAGCAGAAAGCGACCUCGAGUUCAUCGGUUUCAUCGUGUUCGAGAACAAGCUAAAGGACAGCACCGCGCCCGUCAUCGAGGAGCUCGAGCGCGCCAAUAUCCGCAAAGUCAUGUGCACCGGCGACAACAUCCUCACCGCUAUCAGCGUUGCCCGCGAAUGCGGCCUGGUCAACAAAACAGCACACUGCUUCGUCCCCCAUUUCGCAGAAGGUGACUCCCGCAAUCCCUUAUCCAAACUCUCCUGGGAGUCCGUCGACGACCCGGUCUUCAAGCUCGACGAAAACAGUCUCAAACCGCUCCCGCCACCGCCCGAAGCCGAUGUCUCCCUGCCCUACGAUGUAUCUAACCUGCGCAACUACUCCUUAGCCGUAUCAGGAGACGUGUUCCGCUGGAUCAUCGACUUCGCCUCCGAAUCCGUUUUGCGCGAAAUGCUCGUCGCCGGCCAAGUCUUCGCGCGCAUGUCGCCCGACGAAAAACACGAACUCGUUGAGAAACUACAAUCUAUCGACUACUGCGUGGGUUUCUGCGGCGACGGCGCAAACGACUGCGGAGCGCUCAAAGCCGCUGACGUUGGCAUCUCCCUGUCCGAAGCAGAAGCGUCUGUCGCUGCGCCCUUCACGAGUCGCCAAUUCGACAUCUUGUGCGUCCCGCAGGUGAUUAAAGAGGGAAGAGCCGCGCUGGUCACCUCUUUCAGCUGCUUCAAGUACAUGAGCUUAUACUCGGCGAUCCAAUUCUGCUCCGUCAGCUUCCUAUACGCCUCCGCCUCGAACCUCGGGGACUUCCAAUUCCUGUUCAUCGACCUCGCUUUGAUCCUUCCGAUCGCCAUCUUCAUGGGCUGGAGCGCCGCACACCCAAUCCUCAGCCGAAAACGGCCCACCGCUAACCUCGUAUCCCGCAAAGUCCUGACCCCGCUGCUCGGCCAAAUGGUGCUCUGCGUCCUCACACAGUUCUUGGCGUUCCACUUCGUCCAGCAGCAGACAUGGUACCAGCCCCCCAUCAUCGACCCGGAUCAUUCGAACAGCUUGAACAGCCAAAACACGGCGCUGUUCUUGGUGUCCUGUUUCCAGUACAUCUUGUCCGCGGUGGUGCUCAGCGUCGGCCGUCCGUACCGCGAGCCCAUGAGCCGCAAUUUGCCGUUUGUUAGCACUAUUUUCCUCGCGCUUGCGCUGUCCGUGUAUAUGCUGUUUGAUCCUACGGACUGGGUGAUGCGGUGGAUGGAGCUGACGGAGAUCGAUGUGCCGUUCAAGGUGUUCCUACUUGUUUUGGGACUGGGGAAUUUUGCGGUUGCUUAUCUUGCUGAGCAUUUGUUGCUGCCGGGGUUGGCGAAGUGGAUUGGAGUAAUGAAGGUCAAGGUGGGAGGUAAGAAGUGGGCAAAGAAGAGGAAGGAGUAUAAGGUUAUCCAGGAGAGCAUGAUGACCUAAUCAUCCUCCGAUAUGUAUAGAUGCAGAGAAACGGUGGUGACAUCGAAACGAGGGUCCUAGAUUCCAACCACACCUCAACGAAGAUUUGAU